GAAUGCAAACAUAGAUGGAAGCUACUCCGGGAGCGAUUCUGCAAGGAAAUAAAAAGGCUAGAAGCUCCAUCAGGUAGCGGAAUGUGCUACUUGGAGGAAUGGCGUUUUUUGAAACCCAUGAUGUUUUUAAAAGACUCCGUCACACCGCGUCGCACCCGUGAUAAUGCAGAAGCAAAUGCAGAAUCUGUCUUGGAUUCGUCAACAACGGAUAGUUUGACUGAAAGUCCAUCGCCACCUCAGAAGAAGAAGAAAAGUAGUGAAUUAGAAAGUCUCUACCAGAAGCUUGGCGCAACUAUAAAUAAUUUAGAAAAGCAGAUGGCGGCGCCGGCUGAAAUAUGUGAAACUGACGAGGCUUUUAUGACGACGGUUUUGUGUCUAAUGAAGGACCUGCCAGUGUCGGUCAAAGAUGAAUUCCAGGAGAAAAUGAUCUUGGAAUUAUAUCGCUUACGUCGCGAAAAUAGACAAUCUUAGAUUAGAUA